AUGACUUCAUCGAGAAUACCGGUGUAUCGCGUUAAAGGUACACAUUAUGAUUGUAGUUAUACCAUAGGAACGUUAGCACGUGAAUCAAUUCGUCAACGUAUUGCUAAGGAUCAUACUUUAUCAACAUUAUUUGCUUUCGUAGAAACCGAUUAUGGUCAUCAAUUACAUCAAGGUUUCAUUGAAAGAACACGUGUAUUAUUUCCAUGGUAUUGGGAUGAAAUUUGUGGCUUAGCUGAUGGUUCAGAAGUUCCAUUCGAACAAAUACUUGUUCUAAAUUUUUUAAAUGAAACUCGAAUAGCUAAUCGUUUAUUCGACGAAAAGCAAAGAAUAAUAGAAAAGUGUCAACAAUUAGAAAAUGAAGCUGGUGAAAAAGGUUGUACAACUGUAUUAAUUAAUCGAAAAGAUACAAAUACUUUAUCAUUAUUACAUAAUGAAGAUCAUGCACCGGCAUUAUAUACAACAAGUUAUAUUAUUGAAGCCGAUAUCCAAUCAGGUAAAUAUGAUGAUGGUAAACGUGAAAGUCCACAUGAAAAAUUUAUAGCUCAUUGUUAUGCUGGUUCUGUUCCAGGAAAUGCAUUUGGUAUAAAUAAACAUGGUUUUGCAUAUUCAUUAAAUGGUCUUUAUCCAAAUUUUGUUGGACAUGAUCGUUUACCACGACAAAUACUUAAUAGAGCAUUACUUUCAAUUCAAAAUGAAAAUGAAUUAGAUAAAUUACUUAAUUCAGUAUCUGUAGCAUAUGGAUUUUGUAUUAAUGGAGGUUUUAUUCAUCAAUCCAAAUAUUUACUUAAUUAUGAAAUAGGUCCUAAUAUAGGUAUAGAUAAUGAAAAUUAUAUUAGUAAACGUCUUAUAAUUAAUAAUGAAGAAAAUCUUGAAAAAAUAAAUAAAUAUUCAACAGCGUUAAAUUAUCUUGUUCAUUAUAAUCAUUAUGAACGUUUAGAUAAUGUUGUUUCUCAAUUAAAAUCACUUGAAUCAUCAUAUACUCGUUGGAAACGUGGUCAAGAACUUGGCGAAAUAUUUACGACUCAGGAUGCUAUACGUUUAUUGGGUGAUGAUCAAAAUGAAAAAUUUUCUAUAUUUCGUGCGCAAGAAGAAGAAACUGAUGUUACUGCUGUAACACUCUGUACGAUACAUAUAAAUUUUUUAACAUUAGAACUUACUGUUUAUGAACAUAAUCCAAAGAAAAAUAAUCAACCAGCAUAUAUUUACAACUUAGCUGAAUUAUUGGCUUGA